UGCAGAUCCUUAUUAGAAAGGUUUAACAAACACAUCCCUUCCUUUGAGCCUCAGAUCAUGUCAGCACAGAGUAACAUCAACCUGGGACCAUCCGCCAAUUCGUUUGCCAAACCAACAGACUUUGACUUUCUAAAAAUUAUUGGGAAAGGGAGCUUUGGAAAAGUUCUCCUUGCUAAACGUAAGUCCGACGGCAGGUUUUAUGCCAUUAAAGUCUUGGAGAAGAAAAUGAUCCUGAAUAGGAAAGAUCAAAAGAACAUUAUGUCCGAACGCAAUGUGCUACUGAAAAAUGUCAAGCAUCCUUUUCUGGUUGGGCUUCACUACUGCUUUCAGACAACGGAGAAACUCUAUUUUGUCCUGGACUAUGUGAAUGGUGGUGAGCUGUUCUUCCAUUUGCAACGAGAGCACACUUUUCCAGAACCAAGAGCUAGAUUCUAUGCAUCGGAGGUGGCCAGUGCCAUAGGAUACCUACAUUCACUCAACAUUGUGUACCGGGACUUGAAGCCUGAAAAUAUUCUCUUGGAUUCUCAGGGCCAUAUUGUACUGACAGAUUUUGGGCUCUGUAAAGAAGUAAUAGAACCAACAGGAACAACCUCUACUUUCUGUGGGACACCUGAGUAUCUUGCCCCAGAAGUUUUACAAAAACAACCCUAUGAUCGCACUGUUGACUGGUGGUGCUUUGGGGCGGUAAUCUUUGAGAUGUUGUUUGGAUUGCCUCCCUUUUACAGUCGAGAUGUAGCUGAAAUGUACAAUAACAUUCUGCACAAGCCGCUCCAUUUGCCUAUGGGAAUAUCAGCAGCUGCUCGUGAUAUUCUGAUGGGACUCCUACAAAAAGACCAAAAGAGAAGAUUAGGAGCUGAAGCAGAUUUUCUUGAUAUAAAAAAUCAUACAUUUUUUUCAUCCAUUAAUUGGGAGGAUAUCUACCACAAGAGAAUUACCCCACCAUAUAAUCCCAAUGUGGCAGGCCCUGGUGAUCUCCAGCAUUUUGAUCCUGAAUUUACUGAAGAAGUUGUCCCUAAUUCGGUGGGACGCAUUCCUGAUUCAACAAUGAACAGCCCAACCACAACAAGUGCAUUUCUGGGAUUUUCUUAUGCCACUACAGAUGAUAAUUUAAGAUGGUAAUUAAGUAUUGUUUGAUCUGAGAAAUUUAAAUGAAUAUACAAGCAAGAAGGUAAUGUCACAGAUAAAAUGGUUUCAGCACAAAACCUUCUGGGUAAAUUGGUGUUUGUUUUGAAUUAAAAAUGAAUUGCUUACAGUCUUCUGAAGAGUAUAGUGCUUACAAAUAUGUGUUUUUGAAACACUUCAUAGAGUCAGUCUCCCAUUUGUGUAUCAAUGUGCCUGUGCAACUCAAUUCCAAACAUGUAAGCACAUGAAUAUUUACACGAGUAAAAUGUCCCCAUCUCUUCUGUACCUGUUUUGCUUUAAUGUCAUGUAUUUCUUUGUAACGUCCAGCCUGUUAUAUACCUUGCUGUUUAUUUGGUUU